AUGAAUAUACUUUUGACUGCAGACUGGCAAUAUGAGGAUUGUGAAUUGGCCAGAUCUGGUCCACCGGCAACUAUAGUUGCUAUAGAUGAAGAAAGCAGGAAUGGAACAAUUAUUGUGGACAAUAUGCAAAUCAAAGGGACAGCUGCAGGCCUUUCCCCUACUAUCCAACUCACCUUGAUAGAAAAUGUGGAUUACUGGGUGAUAUUAGAUCCCAUUAAACAGACACUAUAUCUCAACAGCACUGGGAGAGUCUUGGACAGAGAUCCACCAAUGUCCAUCAGGACCUUUGGUGUCAAAAUUCAAUGUACAAAUUUAAAGGUUGGAAGCAUCAUUACCCAUGAAGUGCGAGUAGUUGUGAGGGACAGGAAUGAUAAUUCACCACAAUUUAUGCAAAACCGCUACUUCACAUCAGUCAAUGAGCUAACACCUGUUGGUACCACAAUCUUUACUGGCUUUUCAACUAAUGGCGCUACAGACAUAGACGAUGGUCCUAAUGGUCAAAUUGAAUACUUCAUCAUUUUCAAUCCCAAUGAUACAGCGACAAACCAGACGUUUGACAUCCCACUAACCCUGUCUGGAGCUGUGGUAUUGCGUCGGAGGUUGAAUUAUGAAGAAAAGAAACAAUUCUUUGUGAUAGUUCAAGCUAAUGAUCGUCCCCUCAAUCCCAAUGAAAGAAGAACAAGUACAGCUACCCUGAUAGUUCAAGUCCUUGAUGGUGAUGACCUUGGUCCAAGGUUCCUUCCUUGUAAUAUGGUAACAAACACCCGAGACUGUUGGCCAAUAACCUACAGAGCAAGCAUACCAGAACUGAGUCCUCCAGCAAAAGUGAAUCCGGUUAAUGUCACACCACCUAUACAAGCUGAAGAUCAAGAUAUGGAUAUAUUACCAAUUUUUGACCGCCCUGGAAUACUUUUCUCCAUACUUAUUGGUACUCCUGAGGAUUAUGCACAAUAUUUCCAUAUGAAUCGUACAACGGCUGCGCUUACACUCCUGAAACCAGUAAACAGAGAUUUGCACCAGAAAUUUGAUUUGGUGAUUAAGGCAGAACAAGACAAUGGCCAUCCACUCCCAGCAUUUGCCAAUCUUCAUAUAGACAUCUUGGAUGAGAACAACCAGGCUCCAUAUUUCACUUUUUCAACAUAUGAGGGUUAUAUCCUGGAGUCUUCUCCUGUUGGAACAACUAUCUCCGAAAAUCAGAACUUAACCGUUCCAUUGAGAUUUUUAGCUCUGGAUAACGACAUUGAAGAAACAAAAGACCCUCAACUCUACCUGUAUUUAACAGACUACAGUACAGUUUUCUCUGUAACACAAACUGGAAUUACUCGGCAUAUCACUUUGCUUCAGCCAGUUGACCGUGAACGUCAGCAGCUUUACAAAUUUUCAUUAGUGGCUUCAGAUGGUACUCAAGAAAGUUCUCCAGUCACUGUGAACAUUAUUGUUAUUGAUGCUAAUGACAACACCCCAACUUUUUCCAGCAUCUCCUAUAACAUCAAGAUCUAUACAGACAUGGCACCUGGCGAGAGCAUAAUAAAACUUACAGCUGUUGAUGCAGAUGAAGGUGCAAAUGGUCAGAUUAUAUAUGAAAUCCUAGCUGGAGCUCAAGGACAGUUUGUCAUUAAUAGCAAGACGGGGGUCAUCACCAUUACUCCCGGAGUCAUUUUGACUGUUGGGGAGUCAUUUGCUCUUACUGUAAGAGCUUCUGACAAUGCUCCUCUAGCACAAAGAAGGAGCUCCAUUACUACUGUUUAUAUUGAGGUUCUUCCACCGAACAACCAGAGUCCUCCACGCUUUGCACAAUUGAUGUACAAUCUUGAAGUCAGUGAGGCAAUGCGUAUUGGAGCUAUUCUUCUAAAUCUGCAGGCUACAGACAGAGAAGGAGAUCCAAUUACUUAUUUAAUACAAAAUGGAGAUCCUCAAAGAGUCUUCAACCUAUCUGUAAGCUCUGGGCUUUUAAUCUUGGCAAAAGCUUUAGACAGAGAAAGUACAGAUCGCUACAUUUUAAUAGUGACAGCAUCAGAUGGCCGCCCUGAUGGUACAUCAACUGCUACUGUUAAUGUGGUGGUGACGGAUGUGAAUGACAAUGACCCGGUCUUUGAUCCUUACUUGCCUAGAAAUCUCUCAGUUCAAGAAGAAGAAGCAAAUGCUUUUGUCGGUCAAGUCAGGGCAACAGAUCCUGAUGCUGGAGUCAAUGGUCAAGUUCGUUACAGCCUGGCAAACCUCAAUAAUGUUUUCCGGAUCACAUCCAAUGGUAGUAUUUAUACGUCUGUAAAGCUAGACAGGGAAAUAAGAGACUAUUAUGAACUGAUUGUGGAGGCAACAGAUGGAGCCCUCACCGACUCUCGACGUUCUACAAUAACACUGGCUAUUAAGGUUAUUGAUAUUGACGACAAUACCCCUGUAUUUACAAAUGCCUCAUAUGCCGUCUCUGUACCGGAGAACAUGAUGCCAGGAACAGUUUUUCUAAAAGUUCAGGCAAGGGAUGCUGAUCUUGGCGCUAAUGUAACUUAUCGGAUAAGAAACCAGGAAGUUUUGCAGCUUUUUCAAAUAAACUCGUCAACAGGAGAGCUAUCGCUUUUAAAACUACUCGACUAUGAAUCAUUCACUGGCAAGGAGGCUGUAUAUAUAUUUCUUGUUGAAGCUUUUGAUGCCAUGGGAAGCAUGCCUCCUGGAAUCGCUACUGUAACAGUGAGAGUAAAGGAUAUGAAUGACUUCUCACCUGUAUUUACCAAAGCCAUCUACUGGGGAAUGGUGGCUCCAGACGCUAUGAAGGGCACUGUUAUUGUUACAGUUGUUGCUGAAGAUCAUGAUCCUCCGGGUACGCCUGCAAGUCUUGUGAGGUACAAGGUGGAUGUGUCCGUAUUUCCAUAUAGUGCUAGUAUAUUUGAUGUAGAGGAGAAUACUGGUCGAGUUAUAACCAGGGUUAAUCUCAAUGAAGAUCCCAGCACAAUAUUCAGGCUGGUUGUGAUAGCUUAUGAUGAUGGCGACCCCAUGAAAUCUAAUAACACAAUGGUAAUAAUAACAGUUCUGCAGCCAUCUAUAAUCCCACGGUUCACUCAAGAUGAAUACAGAGCACCUCCAGUGAGUGAAACUGCUCCAAUUGGCACUACAGUUACUGUGGUAAUGGCUGCAGCCAUAAACCAGACUAUUGUGUACUCUAUCAUCUCAGGGAAUGAUCAAGGUAUGUUUGCCAUUGAUAACAUGACAGGGGUUAUCUCUGUUGUAAAGCCACUGGACUAUGAAAAUACUACAAGCUAUGAACUCAGAAUUCAAGCUGAUUCUAUGCAAGUGGCUAGAUUUAAUCUACGAGCAGCUUCUAAAAGUAAUACAGCUAUAGUAUACAUUGAAGUGCAGGAUGAAAAUGAUCAUGCACCACAAUUUUCAAAAAAGCUUUAUCUGGGUGGAGUGUCAGAAGAUGCCAGAAUGUUUGCAUCAGUGCUCAAAGUGAAGGUAAGCAUAGAAAUUCAGAGGAAAAAUUACCAUUUUAUUUUAGAACGUUAUGUCCAAGACCAAAUCCCAGGAGCAGCAGUUGUAGUGGAAUCGAUUGGAGCCAGAAGGUUCGGAGAAGGUUUUUCAGAAGAGGACUACACUCAGUGUGACCUGAUGAUUUAUGCUGUUGAUCCACAAACUAACCGAGCAAUAUCCCGUAAUGAACUUUUUAAAUUUUUAGAUGGCAAAGUUCUCGACAUAAAUAAAGAGUUCCAGAACUAUAUUGGCCUUGGAGGGCGUAUCUUGGAGAUCCGGACCCCGGAUGUAGUAGCCAAUGUUAAGAAGCAAGCUCAAGCUGUAGGCUACACGGAAGGAGCUUUGCUUGCACUGGCUAUUAUUAUCAUCCUCUGCUGUAUACCGGCGAUAUUAAUUGUGAUGGUCAGCUACAGACAGUUUAAAGAGAGGCAAGCUGAGUGCGCAAAGACAGCAAGGAUCCAGAUGGCACUGCCAGCAGGAAAACCAUCGACUCCCGCUGCCAAUAAUCUGUAUGAAGAGUUGGGUGACAGCACUAUGUUUCAUCUUUUUCUUCUCUACCAUUUUCAACAAAGCAGGGGAAAAAAAACAGUUUUACAAGAAGGUGACCGACAAAGGCUCAUAAGCAAUAUGGCUUCCCGUGCCAUUGAAGCUCACAAACAGUCUUGUAUAAGUGGAUGUUUAAACAAUAACCUUCCAAAGUCAUCAAGUAAUAUUACCUUUCUUUCUGAUACAAACCCACUAACUACUCAGAACCCUUUAUAUAUAGAAGGUGGAAGCCAGAGCUCUGUUAAUCUCGGGUUACUGUGGAAAAAUAAAUUUGCUUUAGACAAGUCUUCACCUCGAAGAAGACUGCUAAAAGAUCCAACAGUCAAAGGCAGUUUAAAAGGACUGCAUCGUUCUUGGACACUUCCUUCACGGUUUGUCAAGAAAAAUAUUUACGAAGUACUUGAGAGUCCUGUUAUUAUGGAUCCAGUUCAGUAUCAAGCAGGGUGUGGAACAGAUGAAGCCUUGAAAAACAAAGAAUAUUUUAAAACAUCUCUAGACACCUCACCAAAUGGUAAACUAAGUGUGAAGGAACAGGCGAGGCAGUUUGAGCAAAAUGCAUUUGGUGAUGUGAAGACAGGAAAACCUUGGGAAUUUAAAGAAAUUGAAUUGUCAUGUAAUAAUGAUGAUUGCACAGACAAAAAUGUGCAACUUUUGACAGAAAUUGAUCAGGCAUGUCAUUCUUCAUCACUGACACAGAAUUCACACAUGGCUUCAACAUGCCAAAUGUCCCUUUUUCCUUCCAUUCUAGUCACUCCCUCAGAAUUACCUGAAGAAAUCUCUCCUCCACCAACACGAAAGCCAACACCACCAUUAUUCAGAAAAAAUACAACAGCUUGCCAUGAAUUUCAAGCUGCUGAAUGUGAACAGGCGAUUCCAGAUAUUAUUCCUGAUCCACCAAAUAUUCCUCCUCCAUCUCCACCACCUAAAAAAUCUCAGUCGCAAUCCCCCAUACAAUCCUCACUUCAUCUUUCUGUCCCAACAAGCCCUUCUUGCUCUACACCACCUCCUCCACCCCUUCCUGCUCCAUCUCUCCCACCUUCAUUUUCACCAUUUCCCACUUUACCAACUCCACCACCACUUCCAGAGAAGCUUCUCUCUCCAAGCCAAUCUUACCCAUCUAUAGCUACAAUAUCCCCUCUACCAUUAAGCAGUGCCAGGGAAAAGCUUAUACCAAUAAAAAUGCCACCACCGGAAGCCUCCCAUUCAGAUGCUGGCCCUAGACGAGAAUUAAAGGGAAUUCUUAAAAAUUUACAUAACUUAGCAGAUAUUGAAAAAUCUGUAGCUAACAUGUAUAGUCAAAUUGACAAAGGAAAUGCAUUAUCAAAGCAAGGAACCAAACCCAAAUCACCUGUACCAACAGACAUUCAAAAUGCAGACAAUGUACGUACGCAUGAAAGGCUUAAUGGAAACCUAAGUUGUGUUGUUGGGGAGUUAGAAAAAAGAUUUCCUUCUCAAUCCACAGCACUGAGAGGAUAUGCACAUCAAGAGCAACAGCAAUUGCUGAGACCAUCUCUUCUGAAGCCUGAGGAAUUGUCUAUGGAGUCUGGAAUUGAUCCUGGCCAAGAAUAUUACGGACAAGACUAUUAUAGCUAUGAGCAUGGGUAUGAAUUGCCACAAUAUGGAAGUCGACGAAGGUUACUAUCACCAUCUGGAAUGUAUGACGACUAUGGAGAAGUUGUUGUUGAGAAUGAUGAAGAACAAAGUGAAGAAUCUAUGGCUAGAAAGAAGAGAAUCAAAUUUGUUGUGGAUCGAGAAUAUGAAACUAGCUCCACUGGAGAAGACAGCGCUCCUGAAUCCCAACGGAAUCGUCUGAACCAGCCGAACAUUCAAAACAAUGUCAAUGGGAAUAUUUACAUAGCCCAAAAUGGGUCUGUUGUUAGAACCAGACGUUCUUGUUUCACAAAUAAUUUAAAAAUGGCAUCCCCUUCAAGGCUUGGGAAGCAUUUUAAGAAACUAGAAAAGCUUGGAGUAACACACGAGGAAAACAUCCAACUGAACACAUUAUCUAAAGGAGCCUCUAUCAAACAUAACACUAGGCCAUCUAGUAUAUCACUGGCCUCUAGCACUGGAGUGACCAAAAAUAUAAUAUCCAAGAUUGGGGACAAUAAGUUAAAAAGCACAGAUGAACAGGAAUCAGUUGUCGAUAAUGAAGACAUCAAAGAGCCAUUGGAAUUCCACAGUGACCAGACGCAGUCAGAUGAAGAGGAGCUCUGGAUGGGGCCGUGGAACAAUCUUCACAUACCAAUGACAAAACUAUGA